AUGUCCGACGACAUUGCCACGCAGCCAAAGCCAGAAAAUGUUUCACCACCAUCGAAUCAUUCGCGAAGACCGAUUUACAAAACAGAGACAACAGGUAACUAUUGGCAAGAUGUAUGGGAGGCAUGCAAGCGACUUGGAGAAAUGCCUUGUGCACGGCACAGUUUACUUACUGGAAUCGCGAGCGGUGCGGGCGUAGGAGUAAUAAGGGCCAUCAGCGCGAGUCCCUUCGUGGCUUCCAAUUGGGCGGUGGGGACUUUUAUGGUCAUCUCACUAGGAUCGUGGACGAUCUGCCAAAGGAACCUGCAAGCUGAACGACGUAGGGUGGCACGAGUCGUCGAAGAGAUGCCCAAACGGUUCAUAAAAUCGAAGGACACGAGCUCGGAUAAUCAGCAGUCGUAG